GCAUUGCAUUCCUGCUGACCACGGGCCCCGUUCUAUCGGCCGAAUCAUCGGGGGUUGUGUGUGUGUGUGCCCUCACCUCAACCCACAACAGGUGCAAAAGACAUGAUCAUCCAUUCCAUUCGUUCUCGGCAACAAACAAAAACGAUAUAAACACAAAAAAUUGACCAUCAGCGUCGCGUUUUGGAGUUGUCCCUUUUCACGAACGUGUCUCUCUUCUCUGUCUUUUUUUUUUUUUUUUGUAUCUCUCGAAAGUAUGUUGGCUGGAGCUAUGCUAUCACGUCACUGUACCAGGACAAAUGGGAGGGCAAUGGCUAUUCUUCAGUGCGUAUAUGGAGGGCAAGUCUCAGAGGGGAUGGGGGAGCCGGGUAACAAGAAGGGGGGGCGGGGGGACAACGAUGAGAUAUUUUACGUUCCAAACUCGGGGGGUAUGUGGAGAGGGCAUAGUAUCCUGGUAGGAACAGGAACAGGAACAGGAACAGGAACAGGCAACAAGAGAGAACUCAAGCUGUUGAUGAUAGGGUCAAAGUUGAUGAGUUGCGGCUUUCAUACGUUUCGGAGACUCCCGGUGGGAGCUCAAGGGAGAUGUGGUCUCGGGGGAGAUAUCACCUCCUCACUGAAUAUGUGUGAAGAAGAGCAAUCUAAUGAAUGGACAUCUCGAGAGUUUUGGUUUCUCGCUGUUUCUUUCUCGUUUUCACUUGUCCCCCUUUUUCUUUUGACCAUUUACCCCCUCUAAUCCCCACCCCUCCUUUCUUUUCCGUUUCUCUUUGCUUCCU